CGUCCCCAGCCGGCGACUAACCUCCACUGGAGUAAACAGAUUGAGGCCCUAACGAACCAAACCUCCACUACCGAAGCAAAUUUGGUACAGAAUAGUGAAUUGAUUCCUCGACUAAAGUCGCCAAUUCCCUACCUUCAAUUAAGGGUGCUCUAUCAACCUAGGCAGAUAUUCUCUUUCUAGGUCAAAGCAGAAAUAACAGGAAUUUGAUCAGGAUUCAUGCCAUUCAACACUCAAACCUCAAUUGAAUAUAAUCAAAUCAUAGAAUCUGUAUUUGGGUUCAUAAAAUCAGACCUAACAUACAAAUCUAGGGUUCUCCAUACCCAGAUGAAUGAGGAAGUUACUCCAUGGAGAGAGAAGCAAAAGCAAGCUCAGAUGUAGAAAUCAUGCUGUGAAGGAUGGGUUUCUGCUCCUGGUCGUCAAUCGACACUUCUCCAAGUGUGAGCCGAUCUCCAAUGGUGAUGAAGAUCAUGCUAGGGCACUUGGGAACUCUGGUUCAUCGCUUUCUCUCUCUAGGAAUUGCUUUCUUUCUCUAAAACUCAGAACCCUUAUCCUUUGGCUGCAAAUUGGGUUAAAAACCCAGAAUUUCCCGACUCACACGGCCAGGCCACAUGGCCGUGUGACAUCCCCAGCUACCCGUGUGAGAUGUGCAAACCGCAGCGUUUUGAUAAGUGACUCGAGCUUCCUGCACGGCCACGACCCACACGGCCGUGUGGAAUUCCAGGAUGGCCGUGUGAGUUCCCUGGAAUUUCCACACGGCCCAUGUGACUUUGCCCGUGCAAUUUGGUGCCACACGGCCGUGUAGUUUUUAGGCGUCCCCGUGUGGCUCCAUCAGCUUCACGUCAAAUGUCCAAUCUUUGUCCAAUCGACCCCGAACUCGUUCCUAAACCUUCAUUCACGUACUAGGACCUGAAAUAUCACAAACAAGAACAACCUAGCGUGAAAUCGGCCUAUAACACGAGAAUUGACAUCUCAAACGGCUCAAGAAUAGGGGUAAAAACAUGCGCAAUUAACGGUCUAUCAACAUCACAUCCAGAUAACGAUAUUUUAUUGAUCCCAUCCUUCGUACAUGGUGUGGUCUAACCAAUGAUUAAGUUGUUCAAAGAAGGUUAAAGAUGUUCGCCAAGCUACAAAAUACUUGAGGCUUUAAGUGGACACGAACUCUACUAGAAUUCUGAUAACAAGUAUCCAAAGUAACAAAACUCACAAUUGGACCAUCAUCACGACCAUUUGCUCUAAGCAGUUACGAGCCAAUUCUGUUAAUCGCACGAACAGGUACACUUGUGUAUCCAAACAAAUUACAAGUCGUAUCCAGAAACCUAAAGAGAGAAAACUAGUUAAUAUACACUCAUGGAACAAGGAACCAAAAGAAGAAUACAGACAAGGCCACACUUUCGGCCACCGUCAAAGUGAACCAGCUUCGCAGACCCCAAAUCGAUUUUCCAGAAACACCAAACGGUUAAUCAGCCCCAUUUCCUCCUCCUCCGAUUCGCAGACCCCAAAUCAACAUGAAAACAAAACGAGAUCAAAGAAACAAGGUCAGAAACCCAAAGUUUGGACUCGGUAAUUGGGGAGUGUCUAGUCAUAUCCUAAUUUGAAAAGGAACUCAAAGAAACGGGGGGGGGGGGGGGGGGGGGGGGGGAAUUGCAUAGCAACUACCCACAUUCGUUUCUUAAGGGCCUUUUUAAUCCGAUGGAAUGGGACCAUAGUUGCCGCUCUUUCCAAUCCAUAUUUGUUUUGUAUGCAGCUCGUGCCAAACAAAGAGGAAAUCAAAGAACCGAAAAUAAAAACCAACAAUUCGGGGAAGGAAAAGGAUAAGGAAAAGUGAGAUUACUAUGGAACUCUUUAUCUUCCAGUUGGAGCAUCUCCGCCCAACUCUCUCUCUCUCUCUUUACUCGUCGGCAGCAAUGCGGGCCAGCGUCGCCAAUCGAUGGCAUGAUUGGAAUCGUCAACUCUCUCUCUCUCUCUCUCUACUCGUCGGCAGCAACGCGGAACCGCCAUCGCCUCUCUAUCUCUCAGAUUGACGACAUGCAACAUAGAAUGAGAAUGGGGAGUCAGAAUGAAGGAAACGUUUCUAGGAGACGAACCAGAUCUUGUUCAAAAGACAACCAAAUUUUUGGCGAAAAAAGCGCUAUUCUGAUAAUGUAAAAACCAAAUUUUAACAAUUUUGAAUUUUCUUUUUACGUUGCAUUUUGGCGCUACCAUUAUUUACACUUUUUUUACACAUUUUUGUCCUGAAAAAUUAGAGAAUGGAUGGUUAUUACUUUUUUCAAUUCACCAAAAAUCAAAUUUAUUACUUUUUCACUUUUCUCAAUGACUCUAAUCAAGCGGAUAGUGAAGCCUGUGAAAAAAAUAGUAUGUCGGUUAUAAGUUAUAACCAAAACGAUAUUAACAAAUGUAAACGCCAUAUCCAUAUAAAGAAGUGUGUAGCUCACCCAAAUGGACUUUAAAGAUGUAAAAUACAUUACCCUUAUACACGGUAACAUCCUCGUCCCUUUUAUACCACAUGAAUUAUAACCUAUGCCUUUAUCCCAAUUUUUGGAUCAGUUUAAGUUAUGCAAUGGUGACAUGGUUACAUAAAUAAUUUACACGUCUUGGAUGAAAUUUGGUAAAAUCAUGGUCUAGCUAAAUUCCUACCUUAUUAGAAGAGGAAGGUGUAGAGAGAGUUAGGUUGAAGGUUAGUGGGGGUUUUUUCUAGUUGGGACAAGUGGGAAAAGGGGAAUGAAGGGAAGUAUCAUGG